CAACCAUUGCUGAGCUUGGAGAGAUGGUAGGAUUUUUCUCAAGGUUGGGGAGUAGAAAAGGCCACAGAAGAGCUCAGAGUGCCAUUGAAACAUCAGAUACAUCACCAUUGCCAAGAAAUGCAGAGGUUGUGGAAGAAUCUGUUGUUGAUUGUGCUGCUGCUGCUGCUGUUCAUGGAAUUGAGAUUUGUCUUGAAUUUAAACCAGUGGAGCAUCCAAUGGAACCUCUUGAACAAGAUCAUCCAGUUCAAUGUCCACAGCUAGAUACUUCUCUCUUAAAUGAUGGAAGAGUUUUCAAGGAAAGGCUUUCUUCUGUUAAUGCAAAAGAAGAAGGUUCACAUUCUCAACAAGAAGCUGUUGUUGGUGAAAAUAUUUGAAAUAUUUAUAUAUAUUGUUCUGUUUAAUUUGUUGUAUCUGUUUUUAAUGAUAAAGUUGUAAGAUUUAUCAGAAAUGAAUUUGUGAUUUUGGAGAUAACAAAAGGAUCAUGAUGAUACUUUUAUACUCCAUUGGGCUACUUUUAUUAUUGCAU